AUGAAAUUAGCAAAACUCUUUAUCGAUAAGGCAAAGAGCUGUAUAGACGAGUAUAAUGCAGUGGAAGCUAAUUCGGAUUUUAUCGCAGAAUUUUCAAUGCAGAAAAAUGGAGAGGAAACAACGGACAUUAAAUAUUUUACUAGAGAAAGUGCAACAAUAUAUAUGUCAACGAAUUUGGAGGAAUGGUUUAAAGACAAUAUCAAAGAGCCUAUUCUUGCACAACAAUAUAUCCUAGUGAAACAAACUCCAAUCGAGUUUAUAGAUUCAUGGCGUUUUUUACCAUCAACAUUGGAAAAAAUUGCAUCAUAUCUCGAGAACGUACCAAUAGCAGUUAAUGAGUUUCGAUCUGAUGGAUUUACGAAUGAAAAAAUCAAUCUUCUUAGACACAAAGGCAUAUUUCCGUAUGAUUUUGUUGAUGGAUUAGAUAAGCUAAUGUCUACAAAACUUCCUAAUGAAAAUCAAUUUUAUAAUAAAUUAACAGAUUCUCACAUUUCUGAGAAAGAUUAUAAUCAUGCUGUUCAAGUUUGGAAAACGUUUAAUAUAAGAACUUUAGGUGAAUAUUCUGAUCUAUACUUGAAAACGGAUGUUUUAUUAUUGGCCGAUGUUUUUGAAAGUUUUCGGGAGACAUCUCUUAAAAUGACAAAGCUCGAAUUAGAGCUGCUUACAGAUAUCGAUAUGUUAAUGUUUAUUGAAGCUGGCAUUCGUGGAGGAAUAAGUCAGUGCUGUAAUCGGUAUGCCAAGGCGAACAAUCCAUACAUGGGUCCUUCAUACGAUAAGGAGCAAAAAAUAAAGACACUCUUAUAUUUCGAUAUAAAUAAUCUUUAUGGAUGGGCAAUGGUACAGCCUUUACCUGUUGGCAAAUUUAAAUGGAUCGAAUAUGAGACGAAUCCAAGUUUUUUCAAUACACCACCAGAUGCAGACAUAGGCUAUUUUGCUGAAGUUGACUUAGAGUAUCCUGAAGACCUGCAUGAUGAUCAUCGAGAUCUCCCUUUUUGCGCAGAGCAUCGUACUCCACCUAACUCAAAACAGAAGAAACUUCUCACUACACUGAAUGAUAAGACGAAGUAUGUCAUUCAUUAUCGAGCAUUAAAACAAGCAUUAGAUAAUGGAACUCGACUGAAAAAAGUACAUAGAAUUUUAAGUUUUGAACAGAAGGCCAGGCUCAAACCGUAUGUCGAACUAAAUACAGAGAAGAGAAAACAGUCCAAGUAUGAGUUUGAACUUUUUUAUAAAUUAUUAAUCAAUGCUGUCUAUGGAAAGUGCAUUGAGAGGGAGCGAUCUCGCGUUGACGUGCGUUUACUAAAGAGAACGAGCAUAACAAUUAAGAAACCAAUAUAUGUUGGUCUCUGUAUUCUCGAUUUGUCAAAAACAUUAGUAUAUGAUUUUCAUUACUUAUACAUGAAACAGCGAGUUGGAGAAAAAUGUAAACUUCUUUAUACAGAUACAGAUAGUUUAAUAUAUGAAGUUGCAGAUAUAGACAUGUAUCAAAUAAUGAAAAAUAAUAAACACAAGUUUGAUACUUCUGACUAUGAUGAAAAUAAUCAGUUUGGAAUUCCACGUGUUAAUAAAAAAGUUUCUGGAUUGAUGAAAGACGAAUGCUGCGGCAAGAUUAUGACAGAAUUCGUAGGUUUAAGAAGCAAAAUGUAUAGUAUUCUGAUUGAAGGGGGCGAGACAGUAAAAAAAGCUAAAGGUAUAAAAUCCAAUGUAGUAAAAAAAUCAAUCACGUUUGAAGAUUAUCGAAGAUGCCUUCAAGAUCUUAUUAUUAUACAACGUGAACAGUGUAAUAUUCGUUCUAAAUUACACAUCGUGCAUACUGAAAAACAAGAAAAAAUUGCUACUUUAAAUUUGGAUUUUAUCGCUAGUGAAUUUUCAUAA